GUGGGGUGGCUGGCUACUAGUAGCCUAACCGAAGCACAAGGAGUGACUGAGAGGGGGCGAAAAAUUCUUCCUCCUCACGUCUUGGCUGAGUGGAUGGACAAGUUGCUCUGGAUUUAAAGAAGCCUUUGUUUUUCAAUAUAUAAACAUAACAAAAACCUUUGCUGCAUGGAGAAAUGUUGAGAUUCCAGGAAGUUGUCAAGCACAGCCCUUCUUUCACAUCCAUUUCUACUUGCUCAAAGGCAUUGAUUGCAGGAAGAUACACAAUUCAGCAGAAACUUGGCCGGGGAAGCUUUGGAACCGUCUACUUGGUUUCAGACAAAAAAGCAAAAGAAGAACAGUUGAAAGUUUUGAAAGAGAUCUCUGUGGGAGACCUCAAACCCAAUGAAACAGUUGAGGCAAACCUAGAAGCACAGCUGUUGUCCAGGCUAGACCACCCAGCCAUUGUAAAGUUUUAUACCAGUUUUGUGGAGGGAGAAAGUUUCUGCAUCAUCACUGAAUACUGUGAGGGUCGAGACCUUGACUUUAAAAUCCAAGAAUACAAAGAAGCUGGCAAAGUAUUCCCAGAAAGCCAAAUAAUAGAAUGGUUUAUACAGUUGUUACUUGGAGUCAACUACAUGCAUGAAAGGAGAAUACUUCACAGAGAUUUAAAAGCUAAGAAUAUAUUUUUGAAAAACAACCUCCUUAAAAUUGGGGACUUCGGAGUUUCUCGCCUCUUGAUGGGAUCUUGUGAUUUAGCAACUACUUUUACUGGGACGCCUUUUUAUAUGAGCCCUGAGGCACUGCAACACCAGGGCUAUGACACAAAAUCAGACAUCUGGUCACUAGGAUGCAUUUUGUAUGAGAUGUGCUGUUUGGAUCAUGCUUUUACUGGUCACAAUUUUUUGUCUGUUGUUCUAAAAAUUGUAGAGAACAAUGCACCAUCUCUUCCAGAUUCCUAUCCAAGUAAACUUAACACAAUUCUGCACAGCAUGCUGAGCAAGGACCCUGCAAUGAGGCCGUCAGCUGCAGAGAUUUUAAGAAUUUCCUACAUCGAUACUCAGAUCCAGAAUAUGAAGUGUAAAUUCGCAGAUAUGAUCAAGGAAGACCAGAUUCUUAAUUCUCAGAAAGAAUCAGCUCAUAUCAUUAAUGCCAUGCAGAAAAGGGUACAUCUGCAAACUCUGAGGGCCCUAUCUGAAGUCCAGAAAAUGACACCCCGUGAAAGAAUGAGGUUGCGGAAGUUGAACAUUGCUGAUGAGAAAGCAAAGAAAUUGAAACAGCUGGCUGAAGAAAAAUACCAAGAAAAUCUCAAACGAAUGCGGGAGCUCAGAUCCCGUAACUUUCACCAAGUGAAUAUAGAUGUACUUCAUGAAUCUGAUCAACAGAUUGCAGAGCAUCUGGUUACAUCUCAGCCAAUCACUUCAUUGGACUACCUGUCUAUAGGAUGCAAUAAACAAACAGACAGUGAAACUGCAGGCAGACUCUGCAUGUCUGAUCCACUGGAGCACGAGAUCCCUGAAGACCCACUCAUUGCUGAAGAGUAUUACGAUGAUGUGUUUGAUUCGUAUUCGGAAACCAGUGAGGAGGAGGAGGAGGAGGAGGAGGAGGAAGUUGUGGAGGUGACAGAAGUGGAAGAGAUGGAUAUGUCACAGACUGUUUGUAGAACAAAUCAGCAGGAAAGUGAUAUUGAGGCAAUGGUCAGAUAUAUGGAGAACAUCCUAAAUACCAGCUCUUUAGGUUCUGGUCCUGUCACCAGAGUGACUCCACUGGGGCCCAAGGGAUUGAGAACUCUUAACACCACCAUGGCGGCGACUGAGCUGAGACGUAUGAGGGAGUCAGCCAUUCAAAAAUUGGGAGCAGAGAUCUUUGAAAAAGUGUAUAAGUUUCUCAAAGAAGCUAAACAGCAGAAUGCAAGUGAGGAUGAAAUCAAAGACUACCUGGAAGAAGUGGUGUGUAGGGCAAGUGACUGUUUUGAAGUGGAUCAGCUCCUCUAUUUUGAAGACCAGUUAGGCCCUUCAGAAGAUGCUGUAGUGGGAAACAGACCUCAGAAUGGACCUGCUGGGAUUUUGUGAAACCAGUGAAUACUGUUUAGAUGGAACCAGUCAAUGUAAGAGAGGGAUGAGCACAGCAUGGAGAUACUAAUGGGAAGAAUUGCUGCCGUGUGGGUUAUAUGAAAUAAAGAACACUGUUGAUUACAA